AUGCUGCUGCUGCUGCUGCUGCAGCUGCAGCAGCCGCUGCAGCUGCAGCGGGAACUGCAGCAGCAGCAGCAGCAGCAGCAGCAGCAGCAGCAGCAGUCCUGUCCCUCCAGGCUGCGCUCUAGCGCGGCGUUGUGCUGCAGUGCUGCAGCAGCAGCAGCAGCAGCAGUCACUGCAGCAGCAGCAGAGUGGAAUCAAGAUAUUUUGUUUAUUCAGCAGCAACAGCAGCAGCAGCAGCAGCAACAGCAGCAGCAGCAGCAGCAGCAGCAGGCCACCAACUCCACUCGACAACCAGACAGACCACGACGCAGCAGCAGCAACAGCAGCAGCAACAGCAGCAGCAACAGCAGCAACCCAGUGCAGCAGCAACAGCCACUGCACUGUGCUGAUAGCAAUGGCAGACGAUCACCAGGAAGAGACCCUGCAGCAGCAGCAGCAACACAAACAAGCCCGCUAGAUGACCUUGAACACCACGCGCAGCAGCAGCAACAAAGUUUGCUGCAGCAGCAGCAGCAGGAGCAGCAGCAGCUGGAGCCUCAUGAAUGUAUGAAGCAGCAGCAGACAGAGCAGCAGCAGCAGCAGCCACAAGAGCAGCAGCAGCAGCAGCAAGAUCAUCAGCAGCAGCAGCGCGAACAGCAGCACCGCGAAACUGAAAAACAACUAGCCGAAGAGCAGCUGCUGCUGUGCAGCAGCAGCAACAGCAGCAGCAGCAGCAGCAACAGCAGCAGCAGCAGCAGCAGCAGGCCACCAACUCCACUCGACAACCAGACAGACCACGACCGCAGCAGCAGCAGCAGCAGCAGCAGCACAAUAAAUUCCCAUUGCUGCGUUUACUGA